UUGUGAUGCUGCAUUUUUUUUAUUUCUAAUUUUUUGGCAAAUGAUGAAUAAUCCCCAUUUUAACAGGUCCAUUAUCCUGGUGCUCGUGAGUAAUCAAUCCCCACUCUGACAGGUUCACAUCGUCUUCUCCAUCGAAGGUGGUGCGACUCGUGGUCCGAGCAGCUGACGGUCGCGUGCCGAGAAGGACUCGUAGAAGGAUUUGGGGCAUUUUUGUUAAAUUAAAGUAAGGGUUUUAAGGUAAAAGAAAAAAGAAAAAAAAAAGAAGGGAAGAGAACGUCCUCUCUGUUUCACGUGCUCGACACGUGAUCAGACAUCUUGAUUCUUGAUUCUUGAACCUCCGAGAACAACCGCCGAUCGUGGUCGUAACGUCGACCCCAACCGAGUGGUCGUUCUACUCCUCGUCUUCUCCAAGCGGCGUUCUCCAGCCUGGUGCUUGAGAUGGAUCAAGAAGCCGCUCUCGAUCUCGUGAAGAAAGGGGCGACACUUCUUCUCCUCGACGUCCCUCAGUUCACUCUCUUCGGCAUCGACACCCAGAUGUUUUCUGUGGGGCCGAUGUUUAAGGGUAUGAAGAUGAUCCCACCGGGCACACACUUCAUUUACUAUAGUCCCUCAAGCAAAGAGGGGAAUGAAUUUUCACCGACAGUUGGCUUCUUCCUUACGACCCAUCCUGCUGAGGUAGUUGUGCGCAAGUGGCAUCAUCAGGAGGAACGGCUGAUUAAAGUUUCAGAAGAUGAGGAAGGCAGGUACUCUGAAGCAGUGAGACGUCUGGAAUUCGAUCCCCACCUUGGGCCUUAUGCUUUAGACAGGCAUGGAGAGUGGAAGCAGCUUUCUAAUUACAUUACACAGAACAUUAUUGAGAGAAUUGAGCCCAUUGGUGGAGAUAUUAUGAUAGCCUACGAGUCUGGAUUGAUCGACAGGGUUCCUAUUUCUGUUAUGGAGAGACGUCUGAUGGAACAGCUAAAGGACAGUAAGUUUUCAAACUCUGAAGCAGAGGGAUCUCACAGGCGUGGAUGCUAUUACACAUCAAUUCCCCAUGCUGUUAAGCAUAAGGGCAUUUCUGGAGAGGAACUUACAGCAAUUAACCUUGACAAAACAAAAUUACUGGAAGCAAUCUUGAUGAAAGACUAUGGAGGCGAAGAAGAUUCACUUUUGGGGGAACUACAAUUUGCUUUUGUUGCAUUUAUGAUGGGGCAAUCACUUGAAGCCUUUCUACAGUGGAAAUCAUUAAUUAGCCUUCUUUUAAGCUGUACAGAAGCUCCACUUCGGACAAGGACUCAGCUAUUCUCCAAGUUUAUCAGAGUCCUCUACUCCCAACUCAAGCAUGGCUUUCAUAAAAAACAAAAUCAUGGGAAUGAUUCAGGCAAAGGAAUAUCCCUUUUCUUGGAUGAUGUGUGGUUCUCAAAGGACAUCUUUUUGUUCCGUUUGUGCAAGGAUUUCUUCCCAUUGGUGCUGGAGUCCCCAGUUGUUGAUGGUGACCUGCUGUUAUGGACGAGAAAACUAAAGAGACUGCUGGAGACUGCACUUGGGUGGGAUUUUGCAGAUGUGAUGGAAGUUAUCUGCAACGAAGGGGAUGAGUUCUCUCCAGUAAUUGUACCUUCUGAAGAAGUGAAUUAACCUCCAAGCUGCCCAGUAAAAUUAAACGGUGGAUCCAGUUGUGGUGGGGUGUUGACUUACGGAUUUCUUCUCCAUGGUUUGUUUUGGACAUGGUAAAUUAAUUCUGGCUUACGGCCACCAGUAUCGUUAACUGCCAACUUCUGAAAAAGAUUGUUGUCCCAUAUGAAUUCCAUAUUCUCAAAAAUUUUGUUCAGUGAGGGGAACGUUGUUUCGUCCAUUUCGGAUUUAGCAGCCACCAUGGUUUCUCUUGUGUUCUACAAUGUGGUUUCACGGCAAUCGCAUCUAACUUAGGUAAACAGGUCUUUGUGAUGUAACAAACUUUCAGAUCAAGAAGGUCGAUGAAGAUCGUUUGUAUUUCUUUUCAGAUAAAAAAAAGUCAUGCUUCCAAAUCACAAUGAA